GUCGUUCUGCCGUUAGGGUCAAUUUGCAUAUUGCCCUCUUAUUAAACGUUAUAUCAGGGCUCAUAUCACCCUGCCUGGUCAAUUAACAAAAGAAAAUGCAUAUGCCAAUCAGUUAGUCAUUUCAUUACAGCAAGCCACAAAAUCUCAUCAGCUUUUACAUCAGCCUGCCAAAAUAUUAUCUAAAUAAUUCUCAAUCACUCGACAGCAGGAUAAACAAAUUAUCAAGGAAUGUCCCACUUGUAUGUUACAUCUGCCUCAAGGGCCCAAUACAGAAAUUAACCCUCAAGAAUUGAAAAGGGAACAUAUCUGGCACAUGAAUGUAAUGCAUUAUACUCCUUUUGGAUGUCUUGGGGCAUUGCAUGUCUCUAUAGAAACCUUUUCAAAGGUCCUUUGGGCCACCACAUCUACAGGGAAAAUGGCAAAACAAAUCAUUAAUCAUUGCCUAACUUCUUUUGCUGUCAUGGGAAUUCCAAAAAUUAUUAAAACUGACAAUGGACCUGCAUACACGAGCUGUCAUUUCUUGCAAUUUUAUACAAAAUGAAAAAUUCAACGCAUUACAGAAAUACCAUACAACUCCCAAGAACAGGCAAUUAUAGAACACCAACAUCAGUGGCUAAAAUCCCAACUUGAAAAACAAAAAGGGGAAAUACUAGAGAAAUCUCCUGUAGGUAGACUACACCAAACCUUAAUUACCUUAAAUUUUUUCACUUGUAAUGUUGAUGGUAAGACUCCAAUGAAGCAACACUGGUGUGAUGAGCCAAAGGAAAAAGGCUUGGUCAGGUGGAAGGAUCCUGAGUCUGAUUUAUGGAAGGGUCCCGACCCUUUAUUAACAUUUGGUCGAGAAUAUGCUUGUGUAUUUCCAGGAAACUCCUCCAAGCCUGUGUGGAUUCCUGCAAGGAACAUCAAACUUCAACAUGGAUCCACGGGAGGAACUGACCAAAAUAUUGAAGACCUUGCACCCGGAACCUCAACCUGUACCUCCUCAACCUGUACCUCCUCAACCUGUACCACCUCAACCUGUACCACCUCAAUCUGUACCUGUGGCCGCAGACAAUCAAACACCCUACCCCAAGGUAGUACUAACCCCAAGCCUCGUGCAGAGGCUAAGGAAUACGAGGCGAACGAAGCAGACAAGAAACAGUUUGGAAAUGACAUGGGGGAUGGUGAAGAAGACAAUUCAGAAAGCUGAGCAAGUUUGUGAAGAUACAAGAAUCCCGAGAACACCUGAGAAUGUUUUCCUUGCCACGCUAGCAGUCAUCAGUUGUGCGGCCUCCUCAGAAACUGGAGAACAAGCGCCUGGAGCCCUUCCGAGUAGCUGCUACCCUGGUGGAGGGCAAUAUGGCAGCGGGGUACCCCCUGGUGGUGGUUAUGGAGGAGCUCCUGCCCCUGGAGGGCCUUAUGGAUACCCCAACCCUGGGGGCCUCCCCUCUGGAGCUCCAGGAGGACCCUGUGGUGGUGCAGCCUCAGGGACCCCCUAUGGUCAGCCACCUCCAAAUCCCUACGGUGCCCCGCCUCCUGCGCCUUAUGGACAGGGACCUCCUCCAGGUGGCGCCCCCCCCAAUGUGGAUCCUGAGGCGUACUCCUGGUUCCAGUCAGUGGACUCCGAUCACAGUGGCUACAUCUCUGUCAAGGAGCUGAAGCAGGCCCUGGUCAACUCCAACUGGUCCGCGUUCAAUGACGAGACAUGCCUCAUGAUGAUAAACAUGUUUGAUAAGACCAAGGCAGGCCGCAUUGACGUCCACGGCUUCUCAGCCCUGUGGAAGUUCAUCCAGCACUGGAAGAACCUCUUCCAGCAGUACGACCGAGACCACUCGGGCUCCAUCAGCUACACAGAGCUGCAGCAAGCUCUGUCCCAAAUGGGCUACAACUUGAGCCCCCAGUUCAGCCAGCUCCUGGUCUCCCGCUACUGCCCGCGCUCCGCCAGCCCCGCCAUGCAGCUAGACCGCUUCAUCCAGGUGUGCACCCAGCUGCAGGUGCUGACCGAGGCCUUCCGGGAGAAGGACACAGCUAUGCAGGGCAACGUUCGGCUCAGCUUCGAGGACUUCGUCACCAUGACCGCUUCUCGGAUGCUCUGACCCAGCCCAUCCGUAGAGAGUGGCGUGCACUGGGGCACCUCUCCUGGCUCUUUGGAGUGGGAGAAGCAUGUGGGCCGCUCUCCUUUUCCUGCUCCUCCUGAUACAAGCGCUGUUCGCCGAGAGGGCCGGGACCCCUGUGUCAUAGCCACCAAAGAGAGGGGUCCUGGGCUUGACGUAGGAGAGGACUGGAAGUUACAGAUCCUUUCAGCCCUGAGCAUGUAAGUGGCACAGCCUUGCAGCAGGAGCCGGAGAUGCCAGUCAUUGUGAUCGGCUGAGCUCCAGCCUCUAUCUUUCCCUUCUGUGCCCCGACAUAAGUGUUCAUCAGCAUUUCACCAUGAGCACCUGUGUCCCCGAACCCGCUCAGUCCUAUCAAAUGAAGCCAGUUUCUCCAAAGUGGAAUCUGACCAAGCGUGAAAAAGAUGUGCCCAAGGGACCAGG